GAUGGUUCCAGAAGAUUGAACAAGUCUGCUGAAACACUUGUGACUGGUGGUCAAGAUCAUUUACUUAAAAUUAAAAGAAAGGAGAAAGACGAGGAUAAACCAAGACACGCAACCUGAAGAUGGGAGACCCAAUCCAGUUAAAAGAUGAAGGAAAUAAACACUUUCAGGCAGGAGAUAUUGACAAGGCCAUUGAGUGCUACACCAACGCCAUCAAGGUGUGUCAGGACAAGAAGGUGCUGGCUGUCAUUUACAGGAACAGAGCUGCGUGCUACUUAAAAAAGGAAAUCUUUGCCAAUGCAGUUUCUGAUGCGUCUAAAGCAAUUGAUGAAGAUGCAGCCGACAUUAAAGCCUUGUACCGUCGCUGUCAGGCUCUGGAGAAGCUCGGAAAAUUGGACAUGGCUUUCAAAGAUGUGCAGAGAUGUGCCACCCUCGAGCCAAAGAACAAAACCUUUCUGGAGACUCUCCACAGGCUGGGAACAGAAAUCCAGGCCAAGCUCAAAACAACAUUCUCCACAGAUUCAAGGGUGCAGAACAUGUUUGACAUUCUCCUUGAUGAGGAAAUGGACAAAGAAAAGAGGGAAAAAGCGGCCAACAAUUUGAUUGUGUUGUCGAGGGAAGACGCAGGAGCAGAGAGGAUAUUCCAGAGUAACGGAGUAGCUCUGCUGGUCAACAUGAUAGAGACGGGUAAAGCAGAGAUGAUCCUGGCUGCUGUCCGCACUCUGUCAGGAAUGUGCACGGGACACAAAGCUCGCGCUAUGGCCAUCGUUAACAUGGUAGGCGUGGAUAAAAUAUGCAGCAUCAUGGCUCUUGACAAUGAGGAAAUUGCACUGGCGGCAUGCAGCCUCUUUCAGAACAUCAAUGACUCCCUCACUGGUGCAGAUGCAAGGGAUUAUGGGAAAGAAGCCUCUUUAGUUUUGGAUGCAGCCAAAGAUUUGAAAAAAAUUCUUCUUGCGCUUCUGGAGAUGGUUGCCAAUAAAAAGGUGUCUGGCCAUGGCAGAGACCAGGCGCUGAACCUACUGAGCAAAAAUGUACCUUGCAGUGACAAGAAAGCGAAAGACAACUCCAGGACCUUGUUCACUAUAGAUAACGGUCUGAAGAAGAUCCUGAAGGUUUGUGGUCAGGUUCCUGAACUGCCAGACCAGCUGCCCAUGACAGAGAACACGCAGCUGAUUGCUAGUGUUCUUCUCAACAAGCUCUACGACAACCUGAAAUGUGAUCCAGAGAGAACCAACUUCAGGGACAUCUGCAGUGAAUAUGUCAGAUCUAAGAUUGACCCCAACAACAUGGACAAGUCUCUCCACGCUAUCAACACCAUCUCAGGAAUCCUGCAGGGUCCCUUUGACGUUGGGAAUUCCCUGGUGGGACAGCAAGGCAUCAUGGAGAUGAUGGUAGCACUGUGUGGCUCCGAACGCGAGGUGGACCAGAUGGUUGCCGUGGAGGCGCUGAUCCAUGCAUCCACGAAGAUGAGCCGUGCCAGCUUCUUCAUUACCAAUGGUGUGUCUCUGCUGAAGGACAUCUACAAGAAGACAAAGAAUGAGAGGAUUAAGAUUCGUGCUCUGGUGGGUCUCUGCAAGCUGGGUUCAGCUGGAGGUGAUGAUUAUGGCUUAAGGCAGUUUGCUGAAGGCUCCACAGAGAAACUGGCCAAGCAGUGCAGGAAGUGGCUUUGUAAUCCUCAGAUUGAUUCCAAAACAAGGAAGUGGGCCAUUGAAGGUCUGGCUUAUCUGACAAAUGAUGCUGAUGUGAAAGACGACUUCGUGGAAGACGAGCUUUCAAUGAAAGCAAUGUUUGAACUGGCUAAGUCUAGAGAUAAAACAAUCCUAUAUGCAGUUGCUUGCACCCUGGUGAACUGCACCAACAGCUACGAUAAAAAAGAAAUCAUCCCUGAGCUGGUCCAGCUGGCCCAGUUCUCCAAACAGCACGUCCCACAGCAACACCCCAAGGACAAGAAGGACUUUAUAGAGAAAAGAGUGAAAAGGCUGCUGAAGGCUGGAGUCACGUCAGCUCUGGCUGUCAUGGUCAAAGCAGACAGCUCUAUCCUGACUGAUCAGACCAAGGAACUGCUGUCAAGGGUUUUCUUGGCGUUAGCAGAAGAUCCCAAAGAUCGUGGAACAAUUGUUGCCCAAGGCGGAGGAAAGGCUUUGAUACCGCUCGCUAUUGAAGGUACAGAAACAGGAAAGGUGAAAGCAAGUUUCGCUCUUGCCAAGAUUGCGGCUGUAUCCAACCCAGAAAUCGGUUUCCCGGGCGAAAGAGUUUAUGAAGUAGUGCGGCCUUUAGUCAACCUCUUGCAAACAGACAAAGAAGGAUCACAGAACUACGAAGCUCUCAGAGGACUCACCAACUUGGCUGGCUACAGUGAAAAACUAAGGGUUAAAAUCGUCAAAGAGAAGGCUUUGCCUGAGAUUGAGAACCACAUGUUUGAAGAGAAUGAAAAAAUUCAAUUAGCUGCCACAGAGUGCAUGUGCAAUCUUGUGACGUGCAAAGAGGUCCAAGCACGGUAUCUUCAAGAUGGGAAUGAUAAGCUGAAGCUGCUGGUGUUGCUGUGUGGAGAAGAUGAUGACAAACUUCAGAUCGCUGCAGCCGGAGCUCUGGCCAUGAUCACUGCUGCUGAGAAGAAGCUCUGCAUCAAAGUGACCCUGGUGACGGCCCAGUGGCUUGAGAUCCUGCAGAGGUUAUGUCUCCACACCAACCCUAUGAUCCAGCACCGGGGUCUUGUGGUCAUCUACAACAUGCUCAACUCUGAUGAUGGCGAGCUGGCCAAGAAGCUGAUCGAGAGCGAGUUGCUGGAAAUCCUCACAGUGAUUGGCAAAGCAGAGGACAAUCCCAAGAGGCAGGAGGCCAUUGAUGUGGCCCGCACGUGCCUUGUCAAAGCCAUGGAUUUGGGUCUUAUCAAGCCCUUCACAGGCCUGUCCUAAGACGCCG